GAUAGAUUGAAGGAGCGCCUCCACGUCUUGGUAGUCGAGAAGGCCGGGGUUUAGGGUUUUUACUAAUUUGGAAAAUUUAAUUUAAAAAAUUCUGCUGUGCAAGUCAGUAGUGAAACUUUCCAUGGCAAACCUUGGCUUCAGAAGGUUAGUCUUCUUUCUCCAUCAACGAUGCUACAUUGCUUCUUCUUCAUCUUCAAAUACCCUUAAUUAUAAUUAUAGUACGACUUCAAAAAGAGACAAUCGAUUUUCUACUAGUACUGAAACUUGCAAUUCAGCCUCAAAUUUAUCUUUCUGUAUUGAUUACCUUACUAAUUCAUGUGGGCUUUCUUUACAUUCUGCUAUUUCUAUUUCUAAAAAGGUUAAAUUGAAACACGAGAACAAACAACGCUUUGAUUCUAUUGUUUCCUUUUUCAAAUCCCAUAAAUUUUCUGAUUCCCACAUUGUUCAACUAAUUGAAAAAUACCCAGCUGUUCUUAAUUGCAAAAUUGUAAGUAAUGUUGAGCCUAAGAUCCAUUUUCUUCUCGAAAAUGGAUUCCAGGGCUUGCUUCUUCAAGAAUUUGUUGUUUCUGUCCCUGAGAUUUUCGGUAGGAGUUUAAAUGAUCAAUUGAAGCCAAUAAUGGCAUUAUUGAAGAAACAUAUAAAUUCCCAGGAAAGGAUAAUAAUGGCUAUUCGUCGUGGGAAAUGGCUCCUAGGUUCUGAUUAUGAACGAAUCCAACAAAAUUCGGAUUUCUUGAUUGAAGAAGGGGUGCCCAAGGAGAGAGUUGAGAAUUUAUAUUUUUGGCAGCCUGAGUACAUGUCUUAUGAUCAUUCCAGGGUCAAGUAUGUAGUUGAAAAGCUGAAAACAAUGGGCAUUUUCCCAUGUAAUCCAAUGUAUGUACAUAGUCUUCGCAUGAUGUUGUCUUUGAGUGAGUUGUCAUGGAAGAAGAAAGUGAAGAUUUUUGAGAGUUUAGGGUGGUCUUAUGAUGAUUUUAUAUCAACUUUUAAAAGGUAUCCAUUUUGUUUGUGUUGUUCUGAGGAGAAACUUAAAAAAUCAAUGGAGUAUUUUGUGAACACUGUGAAGCUUGAUAGGCGUGCUAUUAUUGCUUGUCCUAAGAUUCUUAACUUUUCGAUUGAGAAAAGGGUAUUUCCUAGGUUCACUGUUUGGAAGGUGUUGGAAGAGAGAAACCUGAAUCCUCCACAGUUCAUUUGGAUGUUGAAUAGAACAGAAAAGGUCUUCAUUGAGCGGCAUGUUACUAAGUAUGCUGAUACAAUUCCUGAUCUUCUGCGAAUUUAUCAGACCAGCAAGGAGAUGCCUUAGUCUUGUUAGAAGAUGAGAACAUUGCUUUCAAUGGCAAUAAGGUUGGAAAUUCAAGGGUGUUACAGCAACCGCAUUAUGGUUUAGAAGAGUUUCUACCUCGUACAGUUCAGGCCGAAGACCGGAGGAAGUUUUGAAGAGAUAAUGAGACCCAGCAGCUGCCGGCCUCCGCGGUGAUAAGCUUGUGAAGAGGAUACUGAAAGAGGAGCAACCUCACCAGGCCGUGGAUCCGAUUCACCUUUCAGACACUGAUGGUGAGGAUUUACCUGAUGCUGCUAGGUAAGUCUCUUCACCUUAACCUACAAAUCAUCAAUGGAGUACAAACUAUUAGCUUGGAGAAUUAAAGACCUCAUCAAUGCGGAUAGGAACAACGCCUCUAACAGCGUAUUGAAGCGGAGGGGGGACGAGUACAGUCUCUUGAUCCUCUAUCCCGAAGCUCCAACCAUUCUAGUGGUGCUAUCCUCAAUAAGAACGAGGCCAGUAGCUAUUACUUUGACGGUUUUGCGAAGGGAGAUCGAUCAGCGGGUGCUCUGGGCACAACGCUUUCUUAAGCUUUACAAGAGGAAGCAAAAAAUCUCCCCUCCCAGAGACCCGUUGCUGCACCAGCCCAGGAUGGCGAAUGGGCCUUCGAAUCUUGUACUUUUUAUCUUUUUCCACUAUUCUCAGAAAUCUAACUGCGGAAGUUAAGUACUAAAUUGAAAAUCGUAUUUGUAAGGACGUUUGAAACUAUUUCACCGAAGUGAAAGGUAGCGAGUGGAUGUAUACACACAAGUACAUGACUCGACUAAAGGCUCAGCCGACUGAGAAAGUUUAUCAGUCGAAGGAUAAACUGAAUUCAAAUCUCAUUUGCUCAAAUUCUUGGGCGUCAUUCAACGUAAACCCCCCUUAACUAAUAGAUGCUAGUUGAGGGGAUUGAUUGUCCAUACUGUACAACACACAAUAGAUCAAAUUUGUUAUAAUGUAAAGAGUAGAGCAAUAAGUACAAUGAGGAAGAAAAUAGCUAUAGCUGAUAAAAAUUGGAUUAACAGGUUGUAACUAGUCUAGGUGCUUUUUGUUUUUGAAUUGUUGUAGCUGGUUUCUCUGUUCUUUUUAAUGGCUUUUGCUUGGAUUAAACACCCUACUGAAGCAAAAAUAAUAGGAUACUUCUACGUUGUCCAAAUCAUCAAGCAAUUCCACCUUGCACUCCCAUGGAAUUCACAGAUCGAAAGUUCCUUACAUCACUUGUUCGAGGACAAUUCCCCGUCACAGGAUACACUAGAGAUGAAUCUCUAGACCCCACCUCCACGACCUCGUCUCCUUGCCAUGGCAACAACUACUAGUUGAAGAGAAGAGAGCGCUAAGAAAGCACCAGAAGCACAUCUAGUUUCAGCAGGAAAGAGCUAAAGAAGGAUCCCCUGCCCCGGUAUUAAGAAGGGAGGCUAGCUAGUCGGACCCGGGAUAAAAGUAGCUGCUUUGGUCCAAAGGCCGAAGGUUUUCACUCUGCUGCGUGCUGUCCAAUCGCACAUAAUCAUACUUACCUUAACCUUUAACCAAUGCACUUUUUUAUCAUUUAUAUAUUUAUACUUAUACUUUUAAUAAGUUGAUAAUUAUACUAUUCUCAUAUAACUAUAUUAUUAAUUAUAAAUUAAAAAUACAAUACAACUUACGAGUGAUUGAUGAAUAGAG